CGAUGGUGCGCUUACAAAACGCCGGUUUUCGGCGGACGCGGACGCGUUCUCGCUUCUCCCCCAGCUAACAAAGCACAAACGCGCCCUCCCCCCGCCGCUGCCGCCACCGCUGCUUGCCGCAUAGAAAAAUUGCACAAAGUGCAUAGCUGCAAAGUGCAAACAAACUGGGCGCAAAUGGGGGCUUAAGGGGGGCGAAAGUGAAGGCGGGGGGCGGGGUCAAGGCAAAGCAAAGCAACAGCAAGCACUCCGGAGGCGAACUUUCGCAAUUGGCUGGCGUUAUUUUUGGAUUAAGCAGCUAAGCAGCGCCAAAUUGUAACAGACGAACGAACAACGACCGACAAUUAACGAUUAAAAUUAAGUCCAACUGAAGUAGGGGAAAGUGCUUAGGAUUCUUUUGCCGUCCACUUACCGCCAGCAAACAGAAAACAGCAAAGAUCAAACAACGGCUCAGAACUGAGAACGAUAAGCGGAUGCAAGCAGUCUAGUAGAAAAUUUUUUCAAAAUAUUUCUUAUCAACAAUAUUUUUCGAAAAACUUUUGAAGACAUCCGAAGGAGAAGAAGAGCUUUAGCUUAACAAAAGUCAGCCGAGGAGGAACCAAGCUAAACUCAAACAGCAAACGGAGCCCAAGGAUUCCGCAGGAAGAAGCAGUCCAAGGAAGACACAUACAAAUACAAAAAAAAAAGUAGAAAAAAAAAACAACAAAAUGGCACAACGGAAGCUGGUGCACAAGCAGUUCAACUCGCCCAUGGGCCUCUAUUCCCAGGAGAACGUGAAGGCCACGUUGAACCGCGAGCUGAAGGCCUUCGGCGCCGAGGGGAUUGAAGUCGACGAAAACAUCACAAAACCCCUGAACUUGGCCAACUCGGCCGUUCUGCGCGCCGUCGAGGAGGAAGAACAACAAGCCAAAUGCGGUAAGAUUUAAACAAAAGAUUUCUAUCCCGCCGUAAGACAGAGCCGCCAGCGGCAGCGGGGCGAGGGGGAUGCUGCCGCACUGCAUCAUGCCCUGCACCAGCAACUGUUGAACCAAAUCAAGACGGACUUCCUCAGCCACCAGCAGGACAUCACCAUCGAUCGGGACACGGUGCUGAAGAUCAAUCGUUUGGCCACCAAGCGGCACCUCCUCAAGCGCGAUCAUAGCUGGCCACCGACGGAGCAGGAUGUGGUCUCUAAUCCCGACCAGAAUCACAUCACCUCUUCGUCCGCCUAUCCCUCGCACAGUAUUGAGGCUCUGAGGGAGAAGUUCCAGAAUCCCACGCAUAUUAUAGAACCCACCGCCAGGCAGGUGAGGGAGCAGCGGCAAAGGGAGGGGCGUUCCAAGGAGCGAUCCAAGACGCCUCAAAUUGCAUCUGGUGGAGAUCGGGAGCUGUCCGAGAUUUUUCCUCCUUCCACUCCCGUGUCCAAAGGCUUUUCAGCUCCGGAGACCAAGGCAGCGGAUGUAGACUUGGGUCUAGUGGCUCCGCGAUGUGAAUACUACGAACAGCUGGCCCACAAGCGACCCACAACUCCCGUUCUGCCCUUGCCAGCGACGCCCUACCGGCCCCGGCCCAAGCGGCAGGCCUACUCCCUGGACCGUGGGCGAUCCCGCAAGCGGGCAGUGGGCACUGCUCCUGAGCUGCCACCUCCAAAGCCAAGGAAUGCCAAGCCAAAGGUGCAGCGUCGUUGCAUCAAGCUGGCCACCGAGGUGAAGAUCUCCUAUGGCCACGAGGGUGAUAGCGAGGAGGAGGCGGCUAUCACCGCCGGACACGAGGUGGACUUGGAGGCCGUGCCACUGCCACCGAUCCCAGCUGGCGCAGAUCUCACUCAGGCGAAGACAGCGGGUCGAGCGGUAAUUGACAACCUGGCAAUUAAGCAGCAGCAGCAGAUGGCUCUGGCAAUAGCCACCAACGGGGCCAUCUCGCGUCCCAGUGCCGGCCCAGAGCUGACCACUCGCAUUGUGCCCGUUCGGGUGGAAACGUCUCGCGAUCCGGCUCCCAAGUGUCCAAGUGCCCAGCAGAUCUACGACGAGGCCUGCUCGUAUCUGCAGGAUCACCAGGAGAUGGAGGAGCGCCAGCCGUCGCCAGCGCCCACCUAUGUGAGUGCCACCAGUGGAAUCAAGCUGCUCCAGCGUCAGCCCAGCACUUCAACUUCAACUCCUUCCCCUUCAACUUACACCCCACCUCCGCCGCCACCGCCGCCACCAGUGAUGCGUACCAAAUCCGUCCCAGAAGCGGAGCUCAAGGUUAAGCAGUCGCGCCGACAGGGUGGCAUCUUAAGACUGGAAACGGAAACGGAGAAGCAGCACGAGGCCCAUGUGGAGAUUGCCCAGUUGGAGGCCAAGUAUGCCCACAUUCAGCAGUCCAUAGCGGAGCAUCUGCUCCAGAUCGACGCCUACAUGGAGAAUGCCAAGCAGGCGCUGCAGAGGAGCGUUCAAACCACACCCGUACCCCCAGCUACUCCUCCACCACCCACUCCGCCGCCUCCUCCCGCACCAGCUCAACCCCUGAGACCCAUUAGCUCGGGGAGUAAUGAUUCCUGGGACAUCUUCGCCAACCGACAGUCGCCCAUUUUGGCUGUGGAAAGUCCUCUGCAGGCCAUUCUCCGCCAAAUAUACACCCGAGCAGCUGGACUACCUGCUAGUCUGCCCAAGGAAGCCAAGGAGGAAGCAGAGGAAGAGGAGGAGUCCCUCACCGAGAACGUACCCAUUGUGGAACGGGCUCUGGAGGAUCUGCACAAGAUUGCAGUGGCUUUGGAGCGAAAGGAGGAACCUAAGGAGGAGCAGGAGCACAUGCACGUAGAACUCCGGACAACGCCAGCUGCCGUUGAAGCCCAACACGUAAUCAUCGAGGACGAGGACACGGAAUAUCGACACGUAUCCGAUGUAAUUGCCAACUAUGAACAGUUGGCCAAAAAGGAGUUCGAAGAGUGGCAGGAGGAGCAGGUGGCCAAAAAGGAGAAGGACGCUCGAGAGGUGACACCCAAGACGGAGCUAAGGAAAGCCAUUGAGGAGCAGCUGGCCAAAAAGGGUUUAAGAGAAGGUACCAAGGCAGUACAAGGAGAACUAACUAAAAAGGAACUGCUGCCAAAGCUGGUGAAAAAGGAAGGCAAAGAGGAAGCACCUGCCAAAAGUGAGUUCGGAGAUGGCAAAGAGGCUGAAGAAGGAAAACUCGAACUAACAUCCAUAACAGAGCUAGGUGAAAGUAAAGAGGACUUAGACAAAAGUAAAUCCAACCAAGAUCUAUCUAAAGAUACGGAUCAGGAGCCCCCAUCCUGUGCCCAUGAAGCCUUCUCCUCCAUCUACUGCCCCUGCUGCGAUGAGAUGCGCUGUUCACCCAACAAUUGGGCCAAACUCAACAAGGCGGAUCAAUGGCGCAUUGCCAAUCUGCACAACGAACCUCUGGAGAACUACAAGGCCACCUAUGAGAUCCGCAGUCCCUACAUCUCCAGACAAAUCUCCUGGGAGGACGCCCAGUCGACUGCAGAGAAGACCUCAGCCCCCGCCGAAAAGCUGCAGCGCCAGCGUAGUUUUGUGGAGAUAGUAACCACUCCAGCUCCGGACUCUCCGCCGCCAUCGCCACCGCCACCACCUCCUCCGCCGCCGUUGCCGCUGCUGCCAAAAGCCAGCCUGCGAGAUAAGGAAAUCACCUGGGAGAGAAGUCGUUCGCCCAGUCCGUUGCCCUCGCGCAAGUAUCCCGCUCCCCUCAUAGAAGCACCACAGCGAGCCAGCUCACCCUUCGGCCUGAAUCCUGUGCCGGGUAAAACUUCCCCAUCGCCGGUGAAUCUCACACCGAAAUUCACCCAUGUGCCGCAGCUGGAUGGCCACAACAUUGGACUACUGGUGAAGACCGCCACGGAGCCACUGCAGCAGAGUAUGUCGGCAUCCUCCUCUAUGCUAGCAGCCACUCCGCCGGCCACCCCGCGUCUAACAGCCCAGCCUUCACCCUUCGAGUUCCCAAGUCAGGACUCGGCGGCCGAGCAGCACAAGUUCCGAUCGCUGGCUUCCUUCGACGAGGUGCAGCGGGAUUUCAACGUGAAUCGUUCAUUCGACAAUGUAUCGCCACGUCCCUAUCUGGGCAUUGAAGGCUACAAGCGCGUGGCCUGGCCCCCGGCCUCUGAGGAGCGGAUCAUCCGGGAGUUCACCCCCCAGCCGCAGACACAGAGCCCGGCCCCAGGCUCCGGCGGUUACUAUCCCCAGGCCAGUGCCGCCUCCGCGCCGCAGCCAGCUGCUGCCCCAGCUCAGGGUCCCAUUUAUAACAACGUCCAGCCCCGCCCCGCCACCACGAACAACUACUAUCCGCCGCAGAAUGCCCACGUUCCCGAUAGCUAUCCCAGCCAGGAGCAACCGCAUCAUCAGCCCGUGCAGUAUACCCAGGCCCAGUUCAAUCGGCAGCGCUCGAGGGAGCCCGUAGCCGCACCCGUAUCGGUGCCGGUGCAGGCUCCAGCUCCAGCUCCUGCCUCCGAUUCGAAUGGCUAUGGCAACUAUCCACAGGCCAGCUAUCCGCAGGAGCCGGCGCUCCAGGCGGCUAACAACGUGGGCGGCGGCUGGAAGCAUAUUGGUGCUCCGCAGGCCAAGUCGCACAGUGAUUAUAACAUCGGAGGAGCUGCCCCAACGGGAGGAGCUUAUCCCCCGUUCCAGCAGCAGCAGCAGCACCAGCCGAGCUAUCAGCAGCAGCAGCAGCAGUACGGUGCUCCGUCUUACGAUGGCUACCAGCAACAGCCACCGCAGCAGCAGCAACAGCCUGCUCCCCAGUGGCAGCAGCAGCAACCUGCUCCACAGUGGCAGCAGCCUCAGUCGCAGGCUCAGCCUCAGACUCAGGCUCCCUACCAGCAGCAGCAGCAGCCACAGUGGAACCAGCAACAGCAGCCAUCGUACCAGACCUCACCGUACCAACAGCAGCAACAGCAGCCAUCCUUUUACCCACAGCAAAACGGUGGCUCGACCUAUGCUCAACCCCCGUACAAUUCUUAUUCGCAGCCACAGCAGCAGCUUGGCCAGCUGUCCUACUCGCAGGAUCAGACCGAUCAGCAGCAGCAGCAGCAGUCGGGUGCCUACCGCGGCGCCAGUCCUGGAAUCAUCACCCUCCGCAAGGAGGCACCCGUUAGCCAGCAGCCAGCGCCAGUUUAUACUUCGCAGCCUGCCGCCGUCAGCUAUCAGGGAGGCAGCAAAUUGCGCGGAGAUUUGAAAUGGCCACCACCGGAAUACAAGGAGGCUGCGGCUCGCGAGAACGAGGAGCGUCGCCAGUUGGCGUUGGGCCCCGUCUGCCGUCCCAGGAGAGUUAACCGGGACUACACCACCUUCUUCGCCAAGCAUCAGCUGAACAAUGGCUAUCCCAGCUACAAGGUGCCACCUGGCACCCAGCACAUGUGGGCCUAAGAUGGGCGGCAAGUUGGAGGAAACACAAUAUAUAUAACAGCAAAUAAUUCAAUGGAACCCACUUCAUCAUAAUAAUACUGAAAACGAUCAUGUAUAUGUUACUAAAACGAAUCACUAACGAACCAAUUUAUAUAUAUAUAUUUAGGAUAUAUGCAAUUGUUAUACUAAUCCUAAAAGAACCACUAACGACGCCAUAUAUAUACAUAUAUUACGAAACGAACCCAUGUUAGGUGAAUGCAAUACUACAAAAAUCAGGGGUGAUGCCAUCCAAUGAGUCAUCUUUCGCAUUUGUCAUCAUCCGAAGCGGUGAGGGAUUCCAGAUCUAUUGAACUGAGCCCUCUUCCAUUUCGCAGCGAUGACAAUGCAGGCGGUGACCCACCGCAAACGAUAUUCUCUAUGUACCCAUACUAUAUACACAUAUUUGGAGCAUGUGCAUAUAGUAUGGCUAAGAUAGCAGAGCGGAAAGAAAGCAGAAACCCCAUAUAGACUAGAUUCUAAGAUGAUUGUUAAACUGUUGAACUAGCAAAUGAAAUGGAUACGACGAUGCGACCCAAGACGGAAACUGAUAAUGAGAUUGAACCUUGUUCUAGACUUAAGCCGCACUACUAAUCUAAUCUAUUUAUUAUCAGCAGAUCCUGGCGAGGCGACUGUUAGCUCAAGGUCGGAGGGAGGCGGAAGUCGUCCCAAGAUUAUUUGUAAAUUGUAAAACGAUCGACCUUUGGAGCUGCCCGCCCAGGAAUCUCAAUGUUUUUACUGUUUGAGUUUGCAUGCUUUUUGCUUAUAUCUAUUCUAUAUGCACAUAUAUAUAUGUUCACGUAUAUAUAUACUACAACGAUAUUGUUAAAACGAGCAAAUUAUAAAAAACCUGUCAAUGACCCCGUAAUUAAGUUAGUUAUACAAGAGAUCUUACCGAGAUCUGUGAGUUCGAAUUGCCAAUCACAACCAAGGAUAGAAAAAUCAAAGGGCCCACCCCCAAAGUGUUCCCCCUGCAGCCCCUCAAGGUCGGCUUCUCAGUCCGCCAGCUACGCUGGCUUGCCAGUGCCCCCCUAGUACGAGUGCCCUCCCUUCAAGAUCCACGGACGAUGCACUUGGGGCCAGAGCAAGCCACCACUGGCAAUAAUAUGAGGAUGCCUUUGCCUGCUGUACGCGAAGCCGCGGACUUAGUGCCUGCCUUGGAGGCUGGAUGAGGGAAAGAGUGGCCGGCGGCCACAAAACUCUCAGACUUUACCAAACUACUACGACCAGCAAAAGAAACAACCCCCUAACUUACACACUACGAUGUAUAACUAAUAUGAAAAGAGGAAUCUAAAUAAACGGCAAGUUUUGAAUACUCGCGACGAGAAGAACUA